AUGCGUUAUACAACAGAGUCAACUGAUGAACAACAGAAUAAUAAUUGUGAAAUUGUUUUAGCAAGGCCACGUAAUAUAUAUCACUCAGAUUCUCUUCAUAUACCAUGUUCAGUGAAUCUUGAUUCUUUGUGUAUUGCUAGUGCUGGGGAUUUUGUGGAAAUGUGUGAAUUGUGUUCACAUAUAAAUGAACUUUCAUUAUCAUCUAACCAACUUACAUCACUAAAAGAGAUAAUCCAUAUUAUGACAGCUACACCAAAACUGGAGUUUUUGAACCUAAAAUCCAAUCCACUGCAAAAUGAUUUGAUGUUUCCCAACCAGGAUGAACUCAGUUCCAGUUCCUCAGAGAAACAGGAAACAAUAGAUGAUUUACAAGUGAAACAAGUUCCAUUACUUCCAGUCUCCAAUUAUAGUUUUCCUAACCUGAAUUUUCUAGUCUUAAAUGACACUCAAAUAACGUGGUCUGCCCUUCAUCAGCUAUUGCUUAUUUGUCCCAAAAUUCAAGAACUUCAUUUGAGUCUGAUUGGUUUUAAAGAAGUUGAUUUACCUGCAGAGUUUUCUUAUGGGGAAUUAUUGCGACUUCAUUUCAAUUAUAAUCAAAUCACAGACUGGAAUAAAUUAUUGCAACUUGGUUACUGUUUUCCUAAACUUGAAAAACUGGUGAUGUCAGAUACAGCAUUCAAUUCACUUCCUGAACAAUCACAGUGUGUGUCUGCUUUUCCUGAACUUUUAGCACUCUCCAUAAGCAACAAUUGCUUAAACGAUUGGGAAGAAGUGGAAAAAUUAUGUUACUUUCCUAAACUUAAGCAAGUUAGACUUAAUGGUUCUAAGAUAUUAAAGGAUUAUAUCCCAAAAGAGUGUACAGCCUUUUUGAUUGCAAGGCUGCCAAAUAUACAAAUACUGAAUGGCAGAGAAGUUACUGACAAAGAAAGAGAAGAUGCUGAAAGGUUCUUUUUACGUUAUUAUCAAGAUGCAGAAAACAAGCCUUACAGGUAUAAUGAAUUGCGACUUCUGCAUGGAGAUCUAAAGCCUUUGCUAGAUUUGAAUCUUUGUGAUGAUGGCCUCAAAGUCAUCAUGGUAUUUUUAGAUAAGUCACAGGAAAUGAUACUUGAUGGAAAAAAAACAGUUAAGGAGUUAAAAGUAUUACUAAAAGAUUUUGUUGGACAUCCACCAUCCAAAUUUCGCCUUCUUCACUUUACAAAGAGUCCUGAGCCUGCCGUUCUAGCAAUUAUGGAUGCAUCAAAUAGGUCUCUCCAUAGCUUCCGUAUCCAAGAAAAUGAUGAAAUCCACAUACAGCUCAAAUAA